UCACUGGAGACGGAAUGGAGGUGCUGCUGGGCUCGGAGAUGGGGUCCAAGGGUAGCCCAGGAUGGCUGCAGCGUCAUAUGAUCAGUUGUUAAAGCAAGUUGAGGCACUGAAGAUGGAGAACUCAAACCUUCGACAAGAACUAGAAGAUAAUUCCAAUCAUCUUACAAAACUGGAAACUGAGGCCUCUAACAUGAAGGAAGUACUUAAACAACUUCAAGGAAGUAUUGAAGAUGAAGCCAUGGCUUCUUCUGGACAGAUUGAUUUGUUAGAGCGUCUUAAAGAGCUUAACUUAGAUAGCAGUAAUUUCCCUGGAGUAAAACUACGGUCAAAAAUGUCCCUCCGUUCUUAUGGAAGCCGGGAAGGAUCUGUAUCCAGUCGUUCAGGAGAGUGUAGUCCUGUUCCUGUGGGUUCGUUUCCAAGAAGAGGGCUUAUAAACGGGAGCAGAGAAAAUACGGGGUAUUUAGAAGAACUGGAGAAAGAAAGAUCCUUACUUCUUGCUGAUCUUGACAAAGAAGAAAAGGAAAAAGACUGGUAUUAUGCUCAACUUCAGAAUCUCACUAAAAGGAUCGACAGUCUUCCUUUAACUGAGAAUUUUUCCUUACAGACAGACAUGACCAGAAGGCAACUGGAAUAUGAAGCACGGCAAAUCAGAGUUGCGAUGGAAGAGCAGCUAGGCACCUGCCAGGAUAUGGAGAAGCGGGCACAGCGGCGAAUAGCCAGAAUUCAGCAAAUAGAGAAGGAUAUACUUCGUGUACGACAGCUUUUACAAUCCCAAGCAACAGAAGCAGAGAGGUCAUCCCAGAGCAAGCAUGACGCCGGCUCACGAGAAGCCGAACAGCAGAAUGAAGGUCAAGGAGUGGCAGAGACCAACAUGGCAACUUCUGGUGGUGGUCAGGGCUCAGCUCCACGAGUGGACCCUGAGACGGCCAGUGUCCUGAGCUCUGGUAGCGCUCACUCCGCUCCGCGAAGACUGACCAGUCACCUGGGCACUAAGGUGGAAAUGGUGUACUCGCUGCUGUCCAUGCUUGGCACUCACGAUAAGGACGACAUGUCGCGGACCUUGCUGGCUAUGUCCAGCUCCCAGGACAGCUGCAUAUCCAUGCGACAGUCGGGGUGUCUUCCUCUCCUCAUCCAGCUAUUACAUGGCAAUGACAAAGACUCUGUGUUGUUGGGAAACCCCCGGGGCAGUAAAGAGGCUCGGGCCAGGGCCAGUGCAGCACUCCACAACAUCAUUCACUCACAGCCUGAUGACAAGAGAGGCAGGCGUGAAAUCCGAGUCCUUCAUCUUUUGGAACAGAUACGCGCGUACUGUGAAACCUGUUGGGAGUGGCAGGAAGCCCAUGAGCAAGGCAUGGACCAGGACAAAAAUCCAAUGCCCGCCCCGGUCGAGCACCAGAUCUGCCCUGCGGUGUGUGUCUUAAUGAAACUUUCAUUUGAUGAAGAACAUAGACAUGCAAUGAAUGAGCUCGGCAGGAAGGCUACCCGGGGCAUUUCAUCCCAGGAGCUAGGGCAGGGGCUUUCAGGGGGACUGCAGGCCAUCGCAGAGUUACUGCAGGUGGACUGUGAGAUGCACGGACUCACCAGUGACCACUACAGCAUCACGCUGAGGCGCUACGCCGGGAUGGCCCUGACAAACCUGACCUUCGGCGACGUCGCCAACAAGGCGACGCUGUGCUCCAUGAAAGGCUGCAUGAGAGCGCUAGUGGCCCAGCUGAAAUCCGAGAGCGAAGACUUACAGCAGGUUAUUGCAAGUGUUCUGAGGAACCUGUCCUGGCGAGCCGAUGUAAAUAGUAAGAAGACUCUGCGGGAAGUUGGAAGUGUAAAAGCAUUGAUGGAAUGUGCUUUGGAAGUUAAAAAGGAAUCGACCCUCAAAAGCGUCCUGAGUGCCUUGUGGAACCUGUCAGCGCACUGCACUGAGAACAAGGCCGACAUCUGCGCCGUGGCGGGCGCGCUGGCCUUCCUGGUCGGCACGCUCACCUACCGGAGCCAGACCAACACCCUAGCCAUUAUUGAGAGCGGAGGUGGGAUACUCCGGAACGUGUCCAGCCUCAUUGCUACCAACGAGGACCACAGACAGAUCCUAAGAGAGAACAACUGCCUACAGACCUUGUUACAACACCUGAAGUCUCACAGUUUGACGAUAGUCAGCAAUGCCUGUGGCACGCUGUGGAACCUUUCAGCAAGGAAUCCUAAAGACCAAGAAGCAUUAUGGGACCUGGGGGCAGUCAGCAUGCUCAAGAACCUCAUUCAUUCAAAGCACAAAAUGAUCGCUAUGGGAAGUGCUGCGGCUCUAAGGAAUCUCAUGGCAAAUAGGCCUGCCAAGUACAAGGAUGCCAACAUUAUGUCUCCUGGCUCAAGCUUGCCUUCUCUUCACGUUAGGAAACAAAAAGCCCUGGAAGCAGAACUAGAUGCUCAGCACUUAUCAGAAACUUUUGACAACAUUGACAACCUAAGUCCCAAGGCGUCUCACCGUAGUAAGCAGAGACACAAGCCAAACCUCUAUGGAGACUAUGUUUUCGACUCCAGUCGCCAUGAUGAUAACCGAUCAGACAGUUUUAAUACUGGAAACAUGACUGUCCUUUCACCAUAUUUGAAUACGACGGUGUUGCCCAGCUCUUCAUCAUCAAGGGGAAGUUUAGAAAGUUCUCGUUCUGAAAAAGAUAGAAGUUUAGAGAGAGAGCGAGGAAUUGGCCUAAGCAACUACCAUCCAGCAACAGAAAAUCCGGGAACCUCUUCAAAGCGAGGUUUGCAGAUGUCCACCACUGUGGCCCAGAUCGCUAAAGUCAUGGAAGAAGUAUCCGCCAUUCAUACUUCCCCAGAGGAGAGAAGUUGCGGGUCCACCACCGAAUUGCAUGGUGUGGCAGAUGAGAGAAACGCACUGAGAAGGAGCUCUGCUGCCCACACACAUCCAAACACUUACAAUUUCACUAAGGCAGAAAAUGCAAAUCGGUCAUGUUCUAUGCCUUAUGCCAAACUGGAAUAUAAGAGAUCUUCAAAUGAUAGUUUAAAUAGUGUCAGCAGUAGUGAUGGUUAUGGUAAAAGAGGUCAGAUGAAGCCCUCCAUUGAAUCCUAUUCUGAAGACGAUGAAAGUAAAUUUUGCAGUUAUGGUCAAUAUCCAGCUGACCUAGCUCAUAAAAUUCAUAGUGCAAACCAUAUGGAUGACAAUGAUGGAGAACUGGAUACACCGAUAAAUUAUAGUCUUAAAUAUUCAGAUGAGCAGUUGAACUCUGGAAGGCAAAGUCCUUCACAGAAUGAAAGAUGGGCAAGACCCAAACACAUAAUAGAAGAGGAAAUAAAACAAAGUGAGCAGAGACAAUCAAGGAGUCAAAGCACAACUUACCCUGUAUAUUCUGAGAGCACUGACGAUAAACAUCUCAAGUUCCAGCCACAUUUUGGGCAACAGCAACGCAUUUCCCCAUAUAGGUCAAGGGGAGCCAGUGGCUCAGAAACAAAUCGAGUGGGUUCUAAUCACGGACUUAAUCAAAAUGUAAACCAGUCUUUGUGUCAGGAAGAUGACUAUGAAGAUGACAAGCCAACCAACUACAGUGAACGUUACUCUGAGGAAGAACAGCAUGAAGAAGAAGAAAGACCAACAAAUUAUAGCAUGAAAUAUAAUGAAGAAAAACACCAUGUGGACCAGCCUAUUGAUUAUAGUUUAAAAUAUGCCACAGACAUUCCUCCCUCACAGAAACCAUCAUUUGCAUUCUCUAAGAGCUCAUCUGGACAAAGCACUAAAACCGAACACAUCUCUUCAAGUGGUGAGAAUACGUCCACACCUCCAUCUAAUGCCAGGAGGCAGAGCCAGCCCCAUCCAAGCUCCGCACAGAGCAGAAGUGGCCAGACUCAGAAAGCUACCUCUUGCAAAGCCCCCUCUGUCAGCCAGGAGACAGUACAGACGUACUGUGUAGAAGAUACCCCCAUAUGUUUUUCCAGGUGUAGCUCAUUAUCGUCUUUGUCAUCUGCUGAGGAUGAAAUAGGAUGUGAUCAGACAACACAAGAAGCAGAGUCUGCUAACACUCUUCAGAUCACAGAAAUGAAGGAAAACGGUGGAACUAGGUCCGCCGACACGCCUGUGCAUGAAGUCCCAGCGGUCUCCCAGCAUGUCAGAACCAAAUCCAGCAGGCUCCCAGCUCCUGGCUUGUCUUCAGAACCCAGCAGGCACAAAGCUGUUGAAUUUUCUUCAGGGGCUAAAUCUCCUUCCAAAAGUGGUGCUCAGACACCCAAAAGUCCACCCGAGCACUACGUCCAGGAGACGCCACUCAUGUUCAGCAGAUGCACGUCCGUCAGUUCCCUCGACAGUUUUGAGAGCCGUUCCAUUGCCAGCUCCGUUCAGAGUGAACCGUGCAGUGGAAUGGUAAGCGGCAUUAUAAGUCCCAGUGACCUUCCAGAUAGCCCUGGACAAACCAUGCCACCCAGCAGAAGUAAAACCCCUCCACCUCCUCCGCAGACAGUUCAGACCAAGCGAGAGGUGCCCAAACACAAGGUCCCAUCUGCUGAAAAGAGAGAGAGCGGGCCGAAGCCAGCCGCUGUGAAUGCUGCUGUCCAGAGGGUCCAGGUCCUUCCGGAUGUGGACACGUUGCUGCACUUUGCCACAGAAAGUACCCCAGACGGGUUCUCUUGUUCGUCUAGCCUGAGCGCCCUGAGCCUUGAUGAGCCUUUUAUACAGAAAGAUGUGGAAUUAAGAAUCAUGCCUCCUGUCCAGGAGAAUGACAAUGGGAAUGAAACAGAAUCAGAGCAGCCUGAAGAAUCUAGUGAAAACCAGGAAAAGGAGGUGGAAAAGCCUGUUGAUUCUGAAAAAGAUCUGCUAGAUGAUUCAGAUGAUGAUGACAUUGAAAUACUGGAGGAAUGUAUUAUUUCCGCCAUGCCCACGAAGUCAUCACGCAAAGCCAAAAAGCCAGCCCAGACUGCUUCCAAAUUACCUCCACCUGUGGCAAGGAAGCCCAGUCAGCUGCCCGUGUACAAACUUCUGCCACCACAAAACCGCUUACAGGCACAGAAGCAUGUGAGUUUUACGCCAGGGGAUGACAUGCCACGAGUGUACUGUGUAGAGGGGACACCGAUCACUUUUUCCACAGCCACGUCGCUAAGUGAUCUAACAAUAGAAUCUCCUCCAAACGAGCUAGCUGCUGGAGAAGGGGUUCGAGCAGGGGCACAGUCGGGUGAAAAGCGAGACACCAUUCCCACAGAAGGCAGAAGCACAGACGAGGCCCAAAGAGGAAAAGCCUCAGCUGUAACCAUACCAGAACUGGAGGAUAGUAAAACAGAGGAAGGUGAUAUUCUUGCAGAGUGCAUUAAUUCUGCAAUGCCCAAAGGAAAAAGUCACAAGCCUUUCCGUGUGAAAAAAAUAAUGGACCAGGUCCAGCAAGCAUCAGCGGCUUCAUCCGGAACCAGCAAAAGCCAGCCAGAUGGUAAGAAAAAGAAACCUACUUCGCCAGUAAAACCCGUGCCCCAGAAUCCUGAGUAUAGGGCACGGGGGAGGAGAAGUACGGACUCGAAAAAUAGUUUAAGUGCUGAGAGAGCUUUCUCAGACAGCAGAGAUCCGAAGAAGCAGAACUCGAAAAAUAAUCCCAAGGACUUCAGUGAUAAGCUGCCAAAUAACGACGACAGAGUCAGAGGAAGCUUUACUUUUGAUUCACCUCAUCAUUACACGCCUAUUGAAGGGACGCCAUACUGCUUUUCACGGAAUGAUUCUUUGAGUUCUCUAGAUUUUGACGAUGAUGAUGUUGAUCUUUCUAGGGAGAAGGCUGAAUUAAGAAAGGGGAAAGAGAAUAAGGAAUCAGAAGUUAAAGUUACCAGCCACACGGAAGUAGCCUCGAACCAGCAGUCCUCUAAUAAGACACAAGCUAUUACCAAACAUUCGGUAAGUCGGUGUCAGCCCAAACCCGGACUGCAGAAGCAGUCCGCCUUUCCCCAGCCAUCCAAGGAUCUGCCAGACAGAGGGGCAGCAACCGAUGAGAAGCUGCAGAACUUCGCUAUUGAAAAUACUCCAGUCUGCUUUUCUCGUAAUUCUUCUCUGAGUUCUCUCAGUGACAUUGACCAAGAAAACAACAACAACAAAGAAAACGAACCUGUCAAAGAGACUGCACCCCCUGCCUCUCAGGGAGAACCAGGCAAACCUCAGGCCUCCGGGUAUGCUCCUAAAUCUUUUCAUGUUGAAGAUACUCCUGUUUGUUUCUCAAGAAACAGUUCCCUCAGCUCUCUCAGCAUCGACUCUGAAGAUGACCUGUUGCAGGAAUGUAUAAGUUCUGCCAUGCCGAAAAAGAAAAAGCCUUCCAGACUCAAGGGUGAUACUGAAAAGCAUAAUCCCAGAAAUACGAGUGGCAUAUUAGCAGAAGAUUUGACACUUGAUUUGAAAGAUAUACAGAGACCAGAUUCAGAACAUGGUUUAUCCCCUGAUUCCGAAAACUUCGACUGGAAAGCUAUCCAGGAGGGAGCAAAUUCCAUAGUGAGUAGUUUACAUCAGGCUGCCGCGGCAGCGUGUUUGUCUAGACAGGCUUCCUCCGAUUCCGAUUCCAUCCUGUCCCUGAAAUCGGGGAUCUCCCUGGGAUCACCAUUUCAUCUCACACCCGAUCAAGAGGAGAAGCCCUUCACAAGUAAUAAAGGUCCACGCAUUCUGAAACCUGGGGAGAAAAGUACGUUGGAAACUAAAAAGAUAGAAUCUGAAAAUAAAGGAAUCAAAGGAGGAAAGAAAGUUUAUAAAAGUUUGAUUACUGGAAAAGUUCGAUCCAAUUCAGAAGUCUCAAGCCAGCUGAAGCAGCCCCUUCCAACAAAUAUGCCUUCCAUCUCUCGAGGUAGGACAAUGAUUCACAUCCCAGGAGUUCGCAAUAGCUCCUCAAGUACAAGUCCCGUCUCUAAGAAAGGCCCACCCCUUAAGCCUCCAGCCUCCAAAAGCCCUAGUGAAGGCCAGGCAGCCACCACUUCUCCUAGAGGAGCCAAGCCGUCGGUGAGGUCAGAGCUAAGCCCUGUGUCCAGGCAGACAGCGCAGAUCGUCGGGUCAAAUAAAGGGCCUUCUAGAUCGGGGUCUAGAGACUCCACCCCUUCCAGGCCUGCCCAGCAGCCGUUAAGUAGACCGCUGCAGUCUCCGGGACGCAACUCCAUCUCCCCUGGCAGGAAUGGAAUCAGCCCUACUAACAAACUGUCCCAGCUGCCCAGGACAUCAUCCCCUAGUACUGCUUCCACCAAGUCCUCGGGCUCAGGGAAAAUGUCAUACACGUCCCCAGGCAGGCAGAUGAGCCAGCAGAACCUCACCAAGCAGACGGCUGUGUCCAAGAAUGCCAGUAGCAUCCCAAGAAGUGAGUCUGCCUCCAAAGGACUGAAUCAGAUGAGUAAUGGCAAUGGGUCCAAUAAAAAGGUAGAACUUUCUAGAAUGUCUUCGACUAAAUCAAGUGGAAGUGAAUCUGAUAGGUCCGAGAGACCUGUAUUAGUACGCCAGUCAACUUUCAUCAAAGAGGCGCCAAGCCCAACCCUGAGGAGAAAGUUGGAGGAAUCGGCUUCAUUUGAAUCUCUGUCCCCCUCUUCUAGACCAGACUCCCCCACUCGGUCCCAGGCACAGACUCCCGUGUUAAGCCCUUCCCUCCCAGAUAUGUCUCUCUCCACGCAUCCGUCUGUCCAGGCUGGCGGGUGGCGGAAACUCCCGCCCAAUCUCAGUCCCACCAUCGAAUACAACGACGGCAGACCGGCGAAGCGGCACGACAUUGCACGUUCCCACUCCGAAAGUCCUUCCAGGCUGCCAGUCAACAGGUCCGGCACCUGGAAGCGUGAGCACAGCAAACACUCGUCGUCCCUUCCUCGAGUGAGCACGUGGAGGAGAACCGGAAGCUCGUCCUCAAUUCUGUCUGCUUCGUCAGAAUCCAGUGAAAAAGCAAAGAGUGAGGAUGAAAAGCAUGUGAACUCCACCUCAGGAACCAAACAGACAAAAGAAAGCCAAGUAUCCACAAGAGGAACGUGGAGAAAAAUCAAAGAAAGUGAAAUUUCUCCCACAAACAGUACUGCUCAGACCACUUCCUCAGGUGCUUCAAAUGGUGCUGAAUCAAAGACUCUCAUCUAUCAGAUGGCACCUGCUGUCUCUAAAACAGAGGACGUGUGGGUGAGGAUCGAGGACUGUCCCAUUAACAACCCUCGGUCUGGAAGAUCUCCCACAGGUAAUACUCCCCCGGUGAUCGACAGUGUUUCGGAAAAGGGAAACCCAAGCGUCAGAGAGAAUCAGGGCAAACAGAGCGUGGGAAAUGGCAGCGCUCCUGUGCGCACCGCGGGUUUGGAGAACCGCCUGAACUCCUUUAUUCAGGUAGAUGCCCCAGACCAAAAAGGAACCGAGACAAAACCCGGACAAAGUAAUCCCGUCCCCGCGUCAGACACUAACGAGAGUUCCGUGGCCGACCGAACCCCGUUCAGCUCUAGCAGCUCCAGCAAACACAGCUCACCCAGUGGGACUGUGGCUGCCAGAGUGACUCCUUUCAAUUACAACCCGAGCCCUAGGAAGAGCAGCGCCGACAGCACUUCAGCCCGGCCCUCGCAGAUCCCGACCCCGGUCAGCAACAGCACAAAGAAGCGAGAUUCCAAAACUGACAGCACAGAGUCCAGCGGGACGCAAAGUCCGAAGCGCCAUUCUGGGUCUUACCUUGUGACAUCUGUUUAAAGAAUAGGGACGAUGAAACUAAGAGAAUUAUGUGUUAAUUACAACUGCUAUAUAGAGAUUUUGUUUCAGAUGAAACUGUAAGAGACUGAAAAAGUUUGUAAAUAGGUUUGAUUCUUGUUAGAAAGUUUUUGUUCUGGAAGCCAUAUUUGACAGUAUGCUUUGUCUUCACUGGUCAUAUUUUGGGAGGCACUCUUGAUAGUUAGGAAAAAAAUCGGUAAAGCCAAGUAUAUUGUACAGUAGGUUUUACAUAUAUUUAAGUAGCAUCCCAUUCCCACCCCCCUUUAAUUAUUGCUUGUCUUAAAUAACACUACAGGUAGGUAAUUGCUGUUAUCAAUCAUUUUUAGAUUAUAAAACAUCAGGGAGAAAUUGGUAUUUAUGCAAAAAGAAUAUGUUUUAAUCUUUGCGAGUCCAUCUAACAUCAUAAUUAAUCAUGUGGCUGUGAAAUUCACAGUGAUAUGGUUCCCGAUGAACACGUUUCCCAGCCUGCUUUGCUUUACUGCAUGAAUGAAACCGAUGGUUCAGUCUCAGAAGUAUCGAACAGUUCUGUGGUCACAUGACGUGUGCAUAGACAUAGCUGCAGUGUAACAAUUUACACUGUUUUGUGCUCUAAAAAGAAAAUCUGUGUUACUGUAAAACAUUGAAUGAAACUAUUUUACCUGAACUAGAUUUUAUCUGCAAGUAGGUAGAAUUUUUGCUAUGCUGUAACUUGUUGUAUAUUCUGGUAUUUGAGGUGAGAUGGCUGCUCUUUUAUUAAUGAGACAUGAAUCGUGUCUCAACAGAAACGAAAUGAACAUUUCAGAAUAAAUUAUUGCUGUAUGUAAACUAUUAUUGAAAUUGG